UUACUACAUCUGUACCACAGUAUACGGAUCCGUACGGACCUACAUUAUCUAAGGUUAGCGUAUUGACCCGGCGAUUCCAUCCAGCUGGCACAUGCCAGAGCAAACCUGGAAAGCUUCCAGUGCCCCUCAUCCUUGGGUCAGAUUUUCAAUCAAUUCAACUCCAGACCACUUGCUGCCUAACCUCACCAACCUUCCGUAUUUCAACACUUACAAAUCUACCGGACGUGUCGCUACUCUGUUGCCUACUUCACUCGGAAUCAGCGAGUUGACACGUCAAGCAACGCUCUGUAACUAUGGCGUCGCUCAAUAUGUCGCCAGAGGAGCUAAAGCAGCUGGAGCUCUUGCGCAACCGCUUCGCGCAGCUCACUAACAGCCUCACAAGUCUCAGGGCGCACGUCAUGAAUUCAAAUCCUCUUCCCACCUACGAAUCACUCCAAGCGUCCGCCGCCAUCCUCCAGCAAAACAUCCGAUCCAUCGAUGCCCUCGUGACAGAGAACUCGGACCUCUUCCAGCGCGCCGCCAUCCACCCGUCAACAAACUUCCCGGGCCGAACCCACGAGCACAUCCUCCUUUCGCUGCUGCGCAAGAAGCUCGAACCCGAUGUCGAGAACUGGGUCGAAGACGCCCGCGAGACGGCGCGGGCUGCCGGGCUGGACCUGAGCAAGCUCGCUGUCGGCGUGCGCGAGCGGGGCGAGCACGACUACGACGAGGAGGACACGUACGGCAUGGACCUGGACAACGACGUUCCCUCAGAUCCCUUCAACGAGCAGUGGGCCGACAUGCGCGACGCCUUUCAGCAGUCGCUGCAGCAGUACGUGACGGUGCAGGCCAAGAAGAAAUACACGGUCGAAGAGCAGGAAAUGGGCAUUCAGAACGUGCGGACCGGGCUGAGACAGAACCUGGAGGAGAGCGAUGAGGAAGAGGAGGAGGAUGAGGAAGAGGAGGAGGAUGAGGAAGAGGAAGAUGAGGAGGAAGAAGAGGACGGGAAGAAGGGCGCUACCGCGGCAGAAGGGAAACAGCGUGCUCUGGAGCCUGAACACAUGUUUUGGCUGGCUGCCAGAGGUAACCCCAACCUCUCGGACAGAUUUCCGUUUGAGUCGAAGCGCACACAGACCGAGAGCACGAGACGGCCGGCGCCGCCACGAUGAUGAGAAGUGGCUUACUCGGAGAAGCAUCCCGCAACCAAUCUGUGCUACCUUAGGUCUGGUACCGCUUGCCGGAGCAUAGCCGUGGCUGGCGCUUCACUACUUCGUGCCAGGGACAGCGGCUUGUGGAGCCUGUUGACAUACGGCCACGCCAGGCCAGUGGUCAGGCAGUCUCUAGAGGCUUGUUUCAGAUGAACUGCUCAUACCGAGUUGCCGACUUUGUCCCGAUUCUCCUCAAACGAGAACAACCUCAUAGUAACCAGCUGUGCUAUUCGUUCCACUUGGAUAAAAUAGGCCUGUUAUCACCAGGAAACGGCAUCUAUGGUAUAGCUCAGCCUCGUAUGGUCCGAGAAAUUUGACCUAGUGGCACAGCUAUUCGGGAACUUUUCCCAGUCCCACCUCCCAAGCUACCCGGACGGUUCUCUACCU